ACCACUCCUAUUUAGCAAAAAUCUCAGACUUGGAGGGACUUGGGGUUCGGUCUCCGAUUUUGAGAUAGUUAUGUCGUCGGAGAAGGAAGCUUUAAGUUCUACAGCUAAUCGUAAAUUAUCGUGUACCACUUGCUUCGAUGAUCUCUGGUUCUGCUACUCCCCGGUUCAUCAAAUGCAGCAGUAUUACAGGCUUGGUGUUCUUGAUAAUUGUUCCGACAAAUGGAAAGCAUUGGUUGACUGCUUAAUGCUCAAGACCAAACCCAAUUCUCAAGUCCAGGAAGUUCUGGAAAUUCGUGAGAAAUCGAAGUCACAUAUCUGGACUUUUCGGACGCCAGAAGAAGCUUCAGAUAACUGGGAAGAACUUUAUGGUCAUUUGGACGAGAGCAAGUUUAGGACUACCGUCGCACAGAGUAGUGGGAACUACUCCCAUUUAAAAUGAAAUUAUAGACUAUGUAUUUUCGGGAAUACAUAGGCAUAAUAUUAAUAUUAUUUUUUUCUCUCUCUCUUUAAGAAGCAUUUCA